GGCGGCGGCGGUGAAGGGGGGAGCGCGGCGGAGGAGGCGGAGCCAUGGCGGGCCAGCAGUUCCAGUACGAUGACAGCGGGAACACCUUCUUCUACUUCCUCACCUCCUUCGUGGGGCUCAUCGUGAUCCCCGCCACCUACUACCUCUGGCCGCGAGACCAGAAUGCGGAGCAAAUUCGAUUAAAGAAUAUCAGAAAAGUAUAUGGAAGAUGUAUGUGGUAUCGUUUACGGUUAUUAAAACCCCAGCCAAAUAUUAUUCCUACAGUAAAGAAAAUAGUUCUGCUUGCAGGAUGGGCACUGUUCUUAUUCCUUGCAUACAAAGUUUCCAAAACAGACCGAGAAUAUCAGGAGUACAAUCCUUACGAAGUAUUAAAUUUGGAUCCUGGAGCAACAGUAGCAGAAAUUAAGAAACAGUAUCGCUUGUUAUCACUUAAAUAUCAUCCAGAUAAAGGUGGCGAUGAAGUUAUGUUCAUGAGGAUAGCAAAAGCUUAUGCAGCUUUAACAGAUGAAGAGUCUCGGAAAAAUUGGGAAGAAUUUGGAAAUCCAGAUGGGCCUCAAGCUACAAGCUUUGGAAUUGCCUUGCCAGCUUGGAUAGUUGACCAGAAAAAUUCGAUUCUGGUUUUACUUGUGUAUGGAUUGGCAUUUAUGGUUAUCCUUCCUGUUGUUGUAGGUUCUUGGUGGUAUCGGUCAAUACGCUAUAGUGGAGACCAGAUUCUAAUACGUACAACACAGAUUUAUACAUACUUUGUUUAUAAAACUCGAAAUAUGGAUAUGAAACGUCUCAUCAUGGUUUUAGCUGGAGCUUCUGAAUUUGAUCCUCAAUAUAAUAAAGAUGCCACAAGCAGACCAACAGAUAAUAUUUUAAUACCACAGCUAAUCAGGGAAAUUGGCAGCAUAAAUUUAAAGAAGAAUGAGCCCCCGCUUACCUGUCCAUAUAGCCUGAAGGCCAGAGUUCUUUUACUGUCUCAUCUUGCUAGAAUGAAAAUUCCUGAGACCCUGGAAGAAGAUCAACAAUUCAUGCUGAAAAAAUGUCCAGCUCUGCUUCAAGAAAUGGUUAAUGUAAUCUGCCAGCUAAUAAUAAUGGCCCGGAGCCGUGAAGAAAGGGAGUUUCGUGCUCCAACUUUGGCAUCCUUAGAGAACUGUAUGAAGCUCUCCCAGAUGGCCGUCCAAGGCCUCCAGCAGUAUAAGUCUCCCCUGCUGCAGCUCCCUCACAUCGAAGAGGACAACCUCAGGAGAGUUUCUAAUCAUAAAAAGUACAAAAUUAAAACUAUCCAAGAUUUGGUCAGCUUAAAAGAAUCAGAUCGUCACAGUCUGCUGCACUUCCUUGAAGAUGACAAAUAUGAAGAGGUCAUGGCGGUUCUUGGGAGUUUUCCCUAUGUGACAAUGGACAUAAAAUCACAGGUAUUGGAUGAUGAAGACAGCAACAACAUCACAGUAGGAUCCUUAGUUACAGUGUUGGUUAAACUGACAAGGCAGACGAUGGCUGAAGUGUUUGAAAAGGAGCAAUCCAUCUGUGUUGCUGAGGAGCAGCCUGCAGAAGAUGGGCAGAGUGAUGCCAACAAGAACAAGGCAAAAGGAGGAUGGCAGCAGAAGAGCAAAGGACCCAAGAAAAUGCCCAAGUCAAAAAAGAAGAAGCCCUUAAAAAAAAAACCCACAGCUGUGCCCUUACCUCAAGCAAAGCAGCAGAAGCAGAAGCAGGCAAAUGGAGUUGUUGGGAGUGAAGCUGCAGUAAAAGAGGAAGAAGAGGACAUUUCUGACAAAGGCAGCGACUCUGAAGAGGAAGAACCCAAUAGAGACUCGCAGAGUGAAAAAGACGAUGGGAGUGACAGAGAAUCUGACAGAGAGCAAGAUGAAAAACAAAACAAAGACGAUGAAGCAGAGUGGCAAGAAUUACAACAAAGUAUACAGAGAAAAGAGAGAGCUCUUCUAGAAACCAAGUCAAAGAUAACACACCCUGUGUAUAGUCUUUACUUUCCUGAGGAAAAACAAGAGUGGUGGUGGCUUUAUAUUGCAGAUAGAAAAGAACAAACAUUAAUAUCCAUGCCAUAUCAUGUGUGUACACUGAAGGAUACAGAAGAGGUAGAACUGAAGUUUCCUGCACCAGGCAAGCCUGGAAAUUAUCAGUAUACAGUGUUUCUGAGAUCAGACUCCUAUAUGGGUUUGGAUCAGAUUAAACCACUGAAGUUGGAAGUUCAUGAAGCCAAGCCUGUCCCAGAAAACCACCCACAGUGGGAUACAGCAAUAGAAGGUGAUGAAGACCAGGAAGACAGUGAGGGAUUUGAAGAUAGCUUUGAGGAAGAGGAGGAAGAAGAGGAAGGUGAUGACUAAGCAGUGUAUGAGUGGACCACAGCAUUUGCACACAGUUGAAACAGCUGCUGCUUUGUAAAGUAUAAUAAAGCAGAAGCAGUGGAGAACUGACGUGGAGGGAAGUGUUGGUGUCUUUACUAGAAAUGGAUGCAAAAAAUAGACAGUUGGUGCCAUGGUACCAUCUGAAAAAGAGUCAUUUAAAGCCUUUCAGGUAUGGGGCGGUGUGCCUAUCUCAUCUGC